AUGCUACGUCUCUGUCUGGAUCCGGCCCAGCUGAAUCGCGCAGUCAAGAGGAUAUACCACCAGAUUCCAACGAUAGAAGAAAUGUUGCCGGAGUUUUCAAAUGCGAAAAUUUUCACGGUAUUGGAUGCAAAAAAUGGUUUCUGGCACUUGGAGUUAGAUGAACGAAGUGCAGAUUUGACCACGUUCUGGACCCCGAUGGGUGUUUAUCGUUGGAAGAGGAUGCCCUUUGGGAUUUCUUGUGCUCCCGAAAUUUAUCAGAAAGCACAACAACAAGUUAUUUCUGGUUUACGAGGAACGAGAUGUAUUGCAGAUGAUAUUGUCAUAUACGGAUGCGGAAGUACAAUGGAAGAAGCUAUGAUUGAUCACAACAAGAAUCUAGAAGCGGCAUUGCAGAGAUUUCAAGAGCGAGGACUCAAAUUAAAUCGGUCGAAGGCAAAAGUUGCCCUUUCUUCGGUACCAUUUUUUGGCCACAUUUUGACUAGCGAAGGAGUAAAACCUGAUCCGAGCAAAAUCCUAGCAGUGCACAGCAUUCCUCCUCCCAACAACAAAAAAAAGUUAAUGACGUUUCUGGGACUGAUCACAUACUUGGGUCUGUUUGUCCCGAAAUUGGCAGAUAUCAGCGCGCCUCUGAGAAGAUUAACUAAAGAUACGGUUGAAUACAUUUGGGACAAAGAAGCCGCAUAUGAAUUCAACCAAAUCAAGCACUUAGUUUCGCAAUCGCCUAUACUUCGCUAUUAUGACCCCUCGGAACCAUUGGUGAUCCAGUGUGAUGCAAGUCAACUUGGAGUUGGGUGUGUUUUACUGCAAGGGGGCCGUCCUGUUGCAUACGCAUCCCGGAUGUUAACGAAAACCGAAAGAAACUACGCAUCUAUUGAAAGAGAAUGCUUGGCAAUCGUAUUUGCAUGUAAGAGACACGACCAGUACGUGGCGGGACGGCAUCGCGUGAUUGUUGAAACAGACCAUAAGCCGCUUGAGAAUAUAUUUCUAGAACCGAUUACGGAGGCUCCACUUAGACUGCAGAAAAUGAGAAUGAUUUUACAACGGUAUGACAUAAUUGUGCGGUACAAGAAAGGUAGCGAGAUGUACAUAGCGGAUUUGUUAUCACGAACCGCCACGGAGCAACCCAGAAGCGACAUAGAUGCAGAAGUGCUAAAAAUUGAAAAAGUGAACAGGGCCUUUGGUGAAAUAGCAAGUGUGAACGUAGUAGAAUUCAUAAAUAUUUCAGAUGGUAGGUUCGACGAAAUAGCAUCGGAAACAAGGAAAGAUCAAACUCUACGAAAGUUGUUGCUAAUUCUGGCUGAAGGAUGGCCGGAACAAAAGGAGGAACUAAGUGAUGAAAUGUUACCUUACAGGGCAUUUCAACAUGAGUUGACAACAUCACGCGGAGUGAUUUUCAAGGGAGAUCGUAUUUUAAUUCCCAAAAGUCUCAGAAAAAAGAUGAUGUUAGUGAUCGCUGAUAGCUAUUCAGAUUUUAUAGAAGUCGAUUUUCUUAAUGACAUCAAAACUAAGUCUGUCAUCAAUAUAUGCAAACGGCAUUUUGCUAGGCAUGGCUCACCACAGGUGGUAGUUACAGAUAAUGGCCCACAGUUUGAUAACGAUGAGUUGAGAAAGUUUGCUCAAAUGUGGAAUAUUACACAUGUAACGUCGGCUCCAUACCAUGCCCAAGGUAAUGGUAAAGCUGAAUCAGCGGUUAAGGCGAUGAAACAACUAUACAAAAAAUGUGCGAAAACGGGAGCGGACUUUUGGUUAGCCUUGCAACAGCAUCGAAAUAUACCAAACGCGGUAGGCACAAGCCCAAAUCAAAGAAUUUUCUCCAGAGCUACACGUAGUGCAGUACCCGUAAUUACCAACAAACUGCAGCCACCAAAUGCAUCUCGUAUCGAGGAAAGGAUUGAGCAUUUACAUAAAGUUACGAAAGCAAGCUACGAUAAAAGUGCGAAACUACUUCCAGAAUUACAAAUUGGGCAAAAUGUGAUGAUGCAACGAAGACCUGAUCUACAUUCGCAAUGGGAAAAAGGUAUCUUGGUGAACAAGUUUGCGGAUAACUCUUGGGAAGUGGUAGAUAAAAAUGGUAAUAGCUAUCGGCGAAGUGCAGUACACGUAAACGUGGAAUUAACAAUCGGUUGGAUGACGGGCAAUUAA